AUGGCAGAAUAUCAAACCAUGACACCCACAGCCACCCACCACGACGCAGAAAAUAACCUCCUCUCCCAAACUUCCAGCGAGAGAGCCCUUUUCAUGACCCCACCGGCUCAGCCUCACUAUUACCCGACCUUCCCAGGCUCCCCGAUUUCCGAACUCUGCAGCACCCCCGAAAUGUCUCACUCGUCGCGCUGGGAAUCCGAUUACGAGGACAAAGAGAGGGAGAGUGAAACACACACCUCCCGAUCACCCUACACCGCCCCAGAUCCACACCGACUGAAAAAUGAAGCCGGGGAUUAUUUCUCGCGGCGCGGGGUAGACAUGAAUUCGCAUGUGCAUGUGCAUGUCGACGAGUCGGAGGUUGAGACUAUCUUGGAAAUGCCCGAUGGUACCACGCGCCGCUCGGCAAAUUGGCUACCCGUGGACUCGAGCGCUGGGUUCACGAUCGGCCCGGAGCAGAGAGGACUUUAUAAGGAUCCUGCACAGAUGGAGGAGUUUCAGGAUAUUCAGGGUGCUUUCUUCAUGGGCCCUCCAAGAUGA